CUCCAAUAGCGGGUUAUGCGGUAGUCAUUUCACACAGCAAUGGCAGCCCUGCAGCUUGAAAAGCAGCGAGGGCGAUAUGCUGCCCUUGCCAUCGCUGCAGUGGUGAUUGUGGUGGGCAUCCCACUAUGGUGGAAAACCACAGAGACCUACCGCGCCUGGCUCCCUUUCUCUGACAUCAGCGAACUGGACACCCUCCAGCUCCAGCUAAGUGUUGAUAUCGAGGUGGUCUUCUCUCGAGGAACACUGACCCCAGAACAGCAGAAAAAGGUUCCACUUAGUCAUGUCAGUGAAAAAGAGCACCACAUUGAUGCUAAAACAGGUUUGCGGUACAAAUAUGAAACCAGAUAUCGCACUGCUACUGUAAUGGAGGAAGAUGCCUUGAAUCAGCCCUCUGCAGCAGAGGCAGAUCUAUCCCUGCACAUGCUCUCUGAGAGUUCUUGUGGGUCUGUGGUUGUGUAUGUGAUCCCUGAAUCCUCCACCCUACUACCAGAGGAUGUGAAAGUGUACGUGGGGCAACGGCGCACUGCGCUGCUACGUUCCCCUCCCUUUAAAAGUUCUUGGAGUCUGAAGGAAGUCCUAUCAAGUCUGGACGUGAAAGUGGAGCAGGUGGUGAGCACCAUGUCCUUCAAUCACCAGGAUAUUGUAGCUGCUUUGAGCGACCGUGUCCGCAUGACCAAAGUGACUAAGGAGAGUAUGGCAGACAGCAUGAGGGCCAUCAAAUCCAGUCCUGGCUACGAGAUCACAUUCAGUCUGCUCAACCCAGACCCAAAGUCACACAGUCUUCACUGGGAUAUCGAAGGCGCCGUUCAAAGCUACAUUCAGCCUCUACUGAAUAAACUCGCCCCUAUAGCAAACUUUUCAGUGGAUUCUCAGAUUCUGUAUUAUGCCGUUCUGGGUGUAAACCCUCGUUUUGACAACAGUGUGUCAGCCUAUGCACUCAGUGCAGAUAGCCUGUCACAUGUUAUCAACCCUGUUGAGGCCAGACUAGGUUCCAAUGCAGCUUCCUCUAACCCUGUCUUGAACUUCCUGCUGUAUGUGCCAGAUGCCCACCACUCUCCUCUCUUCAUCAGAGACCACAGCAAAAGGGAGGUGCCCUCUAACGCCUUUCACAGCCCCCGUUGGGGCGGCAUUAUGGUGUACAAUGUGAAUGAAAUGUAUGGACCUGAAGCUGAACGCCCUGUAGAUAUCAACAUUAAUAUGGCUAAAGUGAUGGGUGUGUUCUUAGCACAAUUACGGCUCAUGCUAGGAGUGCAGCAUACUCAUCCUCCCCCAGGCUUUGUGCUGCAGAGUCCAGGCAGCGCUGGACUGGCUGAUUGGGAGCUGGACAGACUCCUGUGGAGCCGCAGUGUGGAGAACAUCGCCACCGCCAGCACCACCAUCACCUCGCUGGCUCAGCUCCUCGACCAGAUUGGAAACAUCGUCAUCAAUGACAACAUCGCACAGCAGGUUUCCAGUGCAGUGACGUCGCUCCAGUCUGCUGUCGUCGAAUUGGAGGCUGGGAACUUGGCUUUCGCUCUCCAGUAUAGCAGGGAGGCCAUUUUGGCUUCAGAGAGGGCCUUUUUCGACCCCUCUCUUUUGCAUCUUCUUUAUUUUCCAGACGAUCAGAAAUUCGCCAUCUACAUUCCUCUUUUCCUACCUAUGUGUGUACCUAUUGUGCUCUCGCUGCUGAAAAUCAUGAGUGAAGCUAAGCAAAAGCGAGCAGAAAAACAAGCCAAAAGUGACUGAGAAACCACAGCUGAUGGCUGCACUUGUGUAGCGUGUUCAGAAACACACCGAUUCAUUAAAAGAUGGUGUGUGUGGGUGUACAUUUUAUUUAUUAGACCAAGAGUCUAAACUGUCAUCACUUGAAAAGAACUGAUAUGAAAUAUGGAUUAUAUGAUAUUGCUGCUUAAAUUUUAAAAAGGCAGCUGUACUGAGCAAUGAAUGAGUGAAAUAACUGGUUUCUCUUUUUGUCCACAUUAAGUGUUUGCACUGCAUGUCUUGUUUUUAACACUGUAACACUGGAUCAUGAUCUGAGUUUCAUUAAGGUUUGUGAGGGUUUAUUAGGCAUAUUGUGGUUUGUUUCUCAAGGGGUUCAUACAAAAAUAACGCAAAAGUAAAAAAAAAAAAAGUAACGCAUUAGCUUAUGUUUAAGGAUAUAUUACAGUAAUUUAGAAUGUUUGGGUUGAUGUGUGUGUUAACUUUUGGGUUUGUAUAGCGAUCCAGAUAUGAUGACACAAUAUAAAGAUGUGUUAUUUACAGUUUCUAAUGUGAAAACCUGAUAUUUAUAAAAAUGUCAGCCUUAACUGUUUGCUUUACAGUUGAACUAAAAACCAAAUGUGCCAGGGACUAGAUGGAAGUAUUUUUCAUGCUGUAUUUCCACCAUUCACACAGAAUUUAUGACAAGCACACUACCAGUCAGAAGAUUUUGAAUAGUAAGAUAUUUAAUGUUUUUUUUUUUUUUUUAAAGAAGUCUCUUCUGCUCACCAAGCCUGCAUUUAUUUGAUCCAAAGUACAGCAAAAACAGUAUGAUCGUGAAAUAUUUGUACUUUUUAAAAGAACUGUUUUCUAUUCGAAUAAAUUUUACAAUGUAAUUUAUUCCUGUGAUUUCAAAGCUGAAUUUUUAGCAUCAUUAUUCUAAUCAUAUAAUCCUUCAAAAAUCAUUCUAAUAUUCUGAUUUGCUGCUCAAAAACAUUUAUUAUUAUUAUGUUGGAAAUAGCUGAGUAGAAUUUUUUCAGGUUUCUUUGAUGAAUAGAAAGUUCAGAAGAACAUAAUUUAUCUGAAAUAGAAAUAUUUUGUAAAGUAAAUGUCUUUAUCAUCACUUUUAAAGCAUCCUUGCUAAAUAAAGGUAUUCCAUAAUUUCUUUCUCAAAAAAAAAUAAUACUGACUUCAAGCUUUUGAAUGUUAUAGUGUAUAAUGUUACAAAAGCUUUUUAUUUCAGAUAAACACUGAUCUUUGGAUCUUUCUAUUCAUCAAAUAAUCCAGAAAGAAAUGUACUCGACUGUUUAAAAUAUUGAUAAUAAUAAUAAUAAAUGUUUCUUGAACAGCAAAUCAGCAUAUUACAAUGAUUUCUGAAGGAUCAUGUGACACUGAAGACUGGAGUAAUGAUGCUGAAAACCACAGGAAUAAAUGACAUUUUAAAAUAUAUCCACAUAAAAACUUAUUUUAAAUGGUAAAAAUAUUUUAACAUUUUACUGUUUCUGCUGUACUUUGGAUCAAAUAAAUGCAGGCUUGGUGAGCAGAAAAGACUGCUUUAAAAAACAUUAAAAACUUUUGACUGGUAAUGUAGAUUAGUUUAAUGUUAUUAAUAUUUCAAUAGAAUAUUCCCAUGAUAAUAUCCAAAAAUUAAACUUGUUAAUUGUACAAAAAAAUAUAGUAGUUGAAUUUACUAUCUAGUUAUGUAGUAGAGACUGCAUACUGGAGUGAGGCAUGAAAAUUGCUCUCAAUGAUUAAUGGUAUUUUUAAAGGGGACAUGUUACAUUAUAUCAUAAUUUUUAUUAUUUCAAAUUAAUAUGAUAAAAAAAUCUUAAAGAGAGACUAUUUCAGAAUGAAGGGGUAACUGAGGCUGUAAGUUCACUACAUUCUUUUUAACACACGAAGAAAUAAAGUCAUACAGGUUUAAAACGUUUAACAGCUUGUUUUAAACUUAAUACGUGGAAUUACGGCACACGUGGGGUUCCAGCCUGAGAAUGGGUUUGUAACAUUGCUGUUGAUAUACGAAAUGUGAUGUCGAUCAAUUGCAAAUAACGAUCUAUUUUAUUUCAAAAUUAAAUAAUAUGGUUUCAAUUUGACCUGUGAAGGUUGCCGCAGUACUGCCAAGCACGUAUCCUUCCGCGUGGCGUCGACCCUUCCGCGCAGUCGCGAGCGUGUGUUGAGGGAGAAAGGGACGGCGCCAUAUUGGGAGGGAUCGUAUUGUUUUUCUUUGAGGGACAAACGUUUUGAAGUCAACUAGUAGCUUUGGUUAGCGAACGUAUAUAGAUACAGCAGUGCUAACUGAUUUUUUUUAUAUCCCCUGACGAGUCGUAACAAAUUCUCAACGUCGUUUGCGUAACUUCUGGUUGAAAAUGUCUGGCGGUGUAAUUCGAGGGCCUGCAGGGAACAACGACUGU